UAAACUUUGCCAAAAGGAGCAGUUAGGUCCCUCAAGUUUCAAAAGGAGCAUUUAGGUCCCUCAAAAUGGAUGGAAAACGCUGCUUUUUGUUUUCCGUCACUAACGGCCGUUAAAAUGAAUAUAAUAAUAUUAAAAAUUAUUAAAAUAAAAGGAGAAUUAAUAUACACGUAGAUUAAUGAUUGAAAACAGAUGAUUUUGAUGAAAAUAAGCCUUUUCCAAUUACUUAGAGGUUUCAACUUACUUUUUCAAUGUGUACACGUGGAAACCUUCCAACUUCUCUCGUUUUUUCUGGUUCCUUCCUAAUAAUGUUUUGGCGGUAAUUUUUUACUGUUCCCAACCCUAUUUCCCCCCUUUUCACUUCCUAUUUAUAUGGUCCCCCCCCCCCCCCAUUUUCACUCUCAGUUGUCUUUUUGCCAUUUACUCACUCAAACACUUAAGAGAAUUUGAAGUUAUUACUCUGAGUUUUCUGCAAAAAUGGGUUCUUGCGUAUCAGGAAAGAGGACUGCUGAUAAGUGGGAAUGUCGCACCCCCAAGAGAACAAGAAUUUCCAGAUGGGACGAAGGAGACCUUGCUUUAAGGGAGGCACACCCCCUUUGCCAUCAUCAAGACAUCCUCAUCACCCAGAUCUUCACCAAGCUGGACUGGGAGGGGCAGGCUGCUGUGCAGAUGGUAUGCAAGCAGUGGCGUAGGUGGGCUAAGUUGCGGUACCGCCUCCCAUACCACUACCCUCAAGGAUGCUACCGCGCGUGGCUGCGGGAGUGGGUGAUCAUGGACAUCAUUGACAAUGAUGGCCGUGACUUCCACGCCUGGAUGGACAAGGACAUGACCGUCUACUUUGACGGCUUCCCCCUCCUUUUCAAGGAGGAGGAGUAGCUGG